AUGUGCGAGUCGAACGACAGAAGCGUUCCUAAGUUCCCGUCUGUCGCGUUUGUCAUGUCUGAUUAUCAUUUGGAAUCAUCGGUUCCGAAAAAAAGACAGUCGUUCUCGACAAAUUACAGCCAACAACCAACUGGUCAAUAUUUUAACGGUACAACAAACAUUUUGUCCGCUUUAGAUACAAAUAUCCCUAGUGGAUCGUCAAUCAAACGCAAAAGACUCAGUUUGUUACCAAAAAAUGUCAACAUUGGAGCUCCUAGAUUGCUGAACCAGCCCGGUGUCCAUAAAAGACAGAGCUCUUUUGGACUGUCCCAACACGCUCCUUCUGUGCAAGAUUUGGUGCAGAGAUCCAUAACCAGAACAGGACAUCAGGUUCCAGGAAGUGUAAACAGACGCAAAUCCAUGGCACAGGCUCCGUUGCCGCCUUCGUCAAAUGGAAGACUAUUUGAGAACUCGGUGAUGAACACCCCAGGCGCAAAUUAUCUUACGUCCACCACUCCAAAAGACCCAAGACCUUUGCGGGACCGUACUUUCCAAAUGAAAAUGCAACAGGAACUGUACUCAUUUUUGUCCACCAACAAGUUUGAUAUCGAGAUGAAACACCCACUCACGAACAAAACCUUGAAAAACCCUACUCAAAAGGACUUUGUGUUGAUGUUCCAAUGGCUGUACAAGAAAAUUGAUCCUGGCUACAAGUUUUUCAGAUCCAUCGAGCAAGAGGUGUACUCGUUGUUGAAAUUUCUGGAAUAUCCGUAUUUGGAUACCAUCAACAAGUCGCAGAUCAGCGCUGUUGGUGGCUCCAACUGGCACAUUUUCCUUGGAAUGUUGUACUGGAUGAAACAGCUCGUGAGCGAGAGCUUUGAUCUGGACAACAUCGAGCUCGAUAACUUCCAGGAGAUCCAAAGUCUGCCGCAGAACAACUCUGUUUUGUAUGACGAGUCGUUCAACGACUCGGUGGUGUUGAAAGAACAGGACCUUGUUGAUAAAUUGUUCACCAAAUACGCUCUCAAGUCGUACAAGAUGUACAUGUCUACUGGAGGAGCCAACUUUGACAACUAUUUUAGAGAAAUGGAGAAAGAAUACCACGGAUACAUGAAGGAAGUUACACAGAGACUUGGAUCGCUUAAUGAGGACAACCAGCAGCUGAACGCUCAGGUUGAGGAAUUGUCUGUUCAGAGCGAAAAAAUCCAUGCCAAUCACGAAAAAUCAAGAUUGCUGGAACUGGACGUUUCCAGGUACAAGGCUUUCAUUGACGCACAGAUGCAAAAGAAGCUCAAGUGGCCAACGACGAUCCUCAAGAUCGAGAAAGACAUUGAGACCAUCAAGGAGAAGCUUUCCAAAGCAGAGGAGUCGAAAGCACACAUUCUCACAAACCUUAAUUCGCGCAAUUUCACUGUCCAGACGAUCGAGAUGAUGCAUCGCGAGAGAGCACAGCUGGCCAAGGACAUCGAUUCUGUGGUGGACAAGAGCAAUUCUGUGCAAAAGACGGUGAACGAGAAGUUUAUGAGUUUGAAAAAAGCCUACGAGGGACUUGAAAAACUGAUCGAUUCAUACAAUUCCUACAUGUACAACCUGCUUCACUCGAUCACGUUCAAGGAGCUUCCUCAGAUCACGAUCACCGGGUUCACGGAGGAGGUGAUCAACAACGACUCAAAGCUGGGCAAGAAGCCCGACGAGAUCAUUCCGCAACUGAAGGAGCUCAACAUCAGAACGAACCUGACUGUGCUUAAGUACGAUCUUGUGGAGGCGCACCGGAAGAACCAGGACACGCUGAUCAAGCUCCAUGAGCAGCUGGACAACCAGCAGCAGGAGGUGACGUCGAAGGAGUACACGAUCCACGACCUGGAGUCGGAGCUUGCCAACUUCCAGGCCAUCGACAAGGACACCAAGGAACAGCUUGAGUUCGAGCUCUCGAGCAAGGACUCGGAGGUGGAGGCCGACCAAACGACGAUCCGCAAUCUGCAGAAACGCAUGCUAGCAGACCGCAAGGCAGCAGAGGCACGUCAUUUCAAGGCCAAGUCAGAGCUCGACGGGUUCAAGAGCGACCUGAAGUACCAAUAUUUCACGUUCUUCCACCGGAUCGGCGACUGUAUGAACCACACGCUCAAUUUCAAGAACGACAUCACCGCGGAGCUGGAGUCCAUGAACUCCAAGAUCGUCAACGAGUACCAGGAACACAUCGAGCUCAACAAGAUCAAGUACUUUCUUUGGAAGAACGGAUGGUGGGCCACUUCUUUGGCCUUGCUCUUGGAGUAUUCCACGUACGCCAUGUCUUCUCCUCCAGCCAAACCAGCCAGAGAUCCCUGGUUCUUGACUGCUCUGGAGGUGUUCUUCAUCUUCUUGGACACCCCGUUGCCGAUCAGGUUUUCUGAGUCCUCACCCAGCUCGAUUCCGGCAACGUCCUCGUUCUUCAGCAGAACUUCCUGGAGCAGUUCACGGCGCUCUUUGGCCGACGAGUACGCCAGGUUUGGCAGAUUCUCCAUUCCAUGCAAAUGA